AAUGAUUUUCAUCAAAUUAACGAGUGCCAUGUUAAUCAUCAUAUUAUAAAAGGUGGCCAAAAGCCAUUGUCGGGUUUUAUGAUUACAACAAAUAAUGGUGCAUAAUUGUUGAACGAAACAGAACCUUUGGUGAAAUUUCGAAAAUGUUUGCAAUUCUACCAUACUGCCAUCUAAUGGCAAUUAGAUUUGAUUUUAAAAUCAUCUGUUGUCAUUGUAACAUGCUGCUUAUAUACAACACAAAUAGAACCGCCGUUUAGGUGAUUUUUAUUAUUAUUGACUCAAAAUAGUAGCGAUAAUGAAUAUCAUUACAUUUUUUUGAAUUUGUUUGGUUUAUUUUUUUUUUUUUUUUUUUUGGUGAAAAAAUGUAUGCUAUUUGCAAAACAAUUCAUCCAUCAACUCAGGUGGAACAUUCCACAUCUUGUCAUUUUUAUAAUUAUUCAGAAAGAAAUCUAAUUACAGCUGGUUUGAAUCAACUUAAAGUUUAUCGUCUGAUCAAUGUUCCAAUUACAUCGAAUAAUGUCAAUGUUAAUCAUCCUAUUAACAAAAGUGUUCAUUAUCCUGAAGAUGGUGAUUCAUAUGACAAUAUCAAGCUCGAAUGUAUACAAACGUUUACAUUGAAUGCCAACAUUGAAUCAUUGAAUUCUGUUUCAUUUUUGGCCGCCAAUCGUGAUUGUCUUAUAUUAGCAUUCAAUGAUGCAAAACUUUCGGUGGUUGAAUAUGAUCCAAGCACACAUGAUCUCAAAACAAUAUCGAUGCAUUAUUUUGAAGAUGAUGAUAUGAAAUCUGGCUAUACGACUCAUGUUCGGCCUCCAUUGGUUCGUGUUGAUCCAGAAAAUCGAUGUGCUGCCAUGUUGGUCUAUAAUAAAAACAUUAUAAUCAUACCUUUCCGUAAGGAUGUAGUCGUUGAAGAUAAUCAGGAUUCAUUGUUUCUAUCAAGUCUAAACAGUCAAAAUACUCCUUCUGUAAACCAAAAGAAAUUGCCAGUAUUGCCAUCGUACAAAUUGAUAUUGAAUCCAGAACAAUAUGGUGUUAAUAUAACAAAUGUGCUUGACAUACAAUUUUUACAUAACUACUAUGAACCUACAUUGAUGAUACUUUAUGAACCAGUACAAACAUGGCCCGGAAGGAUAGCCGUCCGUCAAGAUACUGUUUCGAUGAUCACUCUAUCCUUGGAUGUUCAUCAACGUGUCCAUCCGCAUAUCUGGUCUAUGAAUAAUCUUCCAUUCAACACAUUCGCUGCCUUACCGAUUCCAAAACCAAUCGGUGGUGUAUUAAUAUUCGCUGCUAAUGCUUUGAUACAUUUAAAUCAAGGUUUACCACCAUACGGUAUAUCGUUAAAUGGUUUUAAUGAUAGCAAUACUUCGUUUCCAUUGAAAACACAAGAUGAUGUCAUUAUUUCAUUGGACUGUUGUCAGGCAAUUUUUAUUUCCAAUAAUAAAAUUUUACUAAGCUUGAAGGAUGGAGAAUUAUAUGUUUUGAAACUUUAUAAUGAUAUGACUAGAAGUGUACGAACAUUCAAUUUCAUCCAUAUCGCAUCAUCAGCCAUAGCAACUAGUAUGAUUAAAUGUGAUGAAAGCUUCUAUUUCAUUGGAUCUCGUUUAAGCCAUUCAUUGCUUAUUCAAUAUGCUGAAAAGAUGGAUUCGAAUAAUCCAGAAAUGUCUUCUAGUACACGAUUCACUCAUCAGAAUGGCGUUAUUAAUGGAAAUUUAAUGAUCAUACCUGAAUAUAAUGAAAACAUUCAAUCUGAAGAUGAGUAUCUCUAUGGCGAGGAUUGGUAUAAUACUCAACAAUUGAAAAGAUCCAAUUUGGAUGAUAAAUCUACCGAAGUGUUUUUAGAUUCGAAUGAACAACAUGAAGGAAAUGUUACAGAAGAACAAAGUAUGAAUUCAGAAAAUGAAGAAAUUGAAAAUGCAAAUGAUGAAAAUUUGACUCAAAGUUUAUUACGAAUUAAUCAUAAAUCGAUUGAACAACAAAAUUUGUCUUGUACAUUGAAAUUAUGCGAUAUUAUUUACAAUAUUGGUCCAUGCGGCAACGUUUGUCUAGGUGAGCCGAAUUUGGUUUUGGAGAAUAUUGCCAGCCAGCAAGAUAUUCAUAUGGAACUUGUUACUACUUCAGGCUAUUUUCAAACCGGUGGUCUCACCGUACUACAACGGUCAAUUAAACCUCAGAUUGAAACCAGUUUCAAAUUGCCCGGAUGUUAUGAUUGUUGGACAGCGUACGGUUCAAACUUGUAUUAUUCUGAUAACGAAGCCAUGGUGCAUAAAUAUUUGAUCAUUACACAAGAAGAUUCAACAUUAGUUUUCCAAAUUGGUCAAGAAAUUAAUGAACUCGAUCAAAGUGGUUUCAUCACACAAAGUCCGACUAUUUUUGCCGGCAACAUUGGUGAUAAUAAAUAUAUUCUACAAGUAUGUGCCAAAAGUGUUCGUCUAUUGGAUGGUACUCGUGAGCUUCAACAUUUUCCCAUCGACAUUGGAUCUCCAUUGAUUCAUGUUUCCACUGCAGAUCCUUAUGCUGUUCUUAUAUCUGAAAAAGGUGUGAUCAUCAUGUUGAGACUGAAAAUUGAUUUAACGAAAAGCACCGCUCGUUUGGUGGUGAUCAAACCGGAUCUUUCCACAGCCAAAUCACGUAUUGUCUCACAUUGCAUCUAUAAGGAUGUUAGCGGUUUAUUCACUACAAAAACCAAAAUGACCGAAUCGGUAAAUUCAAAGAAAUCUACGGUCGUGAAACAAACCAAUUCCGCUCUACCUUUGACCUCAACAAUUUCAACGCUAUCAUCGGCUACAACGAUAGAUGAAGAAGAUGAACUAUUAUAUGGAAAUUCGAUGGCUAGUUUUUUAAAUAACGAUAAUCAAUGUCAAAAUGAAAAUGAUGAUCAACAAAUGAAUGAUGAAGUUGAAGAAAAAUAUGAUACCAAAAUCGCGAUAAUAACAAAAACCGAACCAACAUAUUGGCUUUUUAUUGUGCGAGAAAACGGUGUGCUUGAAAUUUAUAAUCUUCCUGAAUUUAAACUGGUCUAUCUGAUCAAGAAUUUUCCUUUAGGAUUACGUGUACUUGUAGACAGUAUUCAAACAACAGAUCAUUCGUAUCAAAAUCAAACCGAUAUGCUAACGAUGUCUAUUACCAAAGAAAUUCUUGUUUGUGGUCUAGGUUUACAAAAUAGUCAUCCAUAUUUGUUUGCUCGUUUCGAUGAAGACUUUUUCAUUUAUGAGAUAUUUCCAUUUUAUGAAUCACAAGUUGAGAAUCAUUUGAAGAUACGAUUCAAAAAGAUUGGCUCUCAUCUUCAAUUUGUUAAAUUGCCAAAAUUUCAUGAAAAUAAUGUUGACCAAUGCUAUUUGUUCGAAAAUCGAUCAUGGUUACGCUCGUUUACCAACAUUGGCGGAUUUUCGGGAGUAUUUCUCUGCGGUCCUUAUCCUUGUUGGUUUUUCAUGACUUAUCGUGGCGAAUUGAGAUCUCAUAGCAUGGACAUGGAUGGAGCAAUCAGCUCAUUUGCCAUGUUCAACAAUGUCAAUUGUCCAAAUGGUUAUCUGUAUUUCAAUAAUAACGAAGAAUUGAGAUUUUCGACACUUGCUAAUCGUUAUGAAUUAGAUUCAUAUUGGCCUUACAAACAUAUUCCAAUCAAUCGUACUGUUCAUUAUGUAAAUUAUCAUCUGGAAAGUAAAACCUAUGCACUUGUUACCAGUCGUUUGAUUGAUAUAACAAGAAUCGUUCGAAUUGGUGGCGAAGAGAAAGAUUAUGAUUUUAUUGAAUCCGAUUCUCGUUACAUUCAUUGUAAAACAGAACAAUUUGAACUUCAAUUAUUAUCACCAGUCAAUUGGACAAUCAUUCCGGGUACAUUAGUUCAAUUCGAUGAAUGGGAGCAUAUAACUGCUUUGAAAACCGUAAUGUUAGCUUCCGAAGGUACUAGCUCAGGUCUAAAAGGCUAUAUUGCUAUCAGUACAAAUUAUAGCUAUGGUGAAGAUGUUACGAAUCGUGGAAGAAUAUGGAUAUUUGACAUAAUCGAAGUUGUUCCAGAACCAGGCAAACCAUUGACUAAGCAUAAAAUUAAAAUUGUUUAUUGUAAAGAACAAAAAGGUCCUGUUACGGCCAUUUGUCAGGUUCGUGGAUAUCUCUUAUCAGCGAUUGGACAAAAAAUUUACAUUUGGCAACUUAAAGAAUCACAAUUAAUUGGUAUUGCUUUCAUAGACACACAAAUCUAUGUCCAUGCUGCCAUAUCGUUGAAGAAUUUAAUAUUGGUUAGCGAUGUUUAUAAAUCGAUUUCAUUGUUACGAUAUCAGGAAGAAACACGAACAUUAUCGCUUGUCAGUCGUGACCAUCGUUCUUUACAGGUGUAUGCUUGUGAAACUUUAAUCGACAAUAGCCAAAUGUGUUUUUUGGUAUCAGAUGUGAAUAAAAAUCUUAUAUUAUACGCUUAUCAGCCUGAUCAAUUGGAAAGUAUUGGUGGUACACGUUUAAUUCGGCGUGGCGAUUUUCAUCUUGGAUCGUUUGUCAAUUCAAUUUUUAGAAUUCGUUGUCGGAUACAAUUUAAAAACAUUGAUAAUCGUUUAAAGCAGACUUAUCUCAGACGACAUGUUAGUAUGUUUGCUACAUUAGACGGUAGCAUUGGAUAUUUGCUUCCGAUUCCUGAAAAGACUUAUAGACGUUUGUUGAUGUUACAAAAUUUACUAACUACAAAUAUUCAACACAUAGCUGGUUUGAAUCCAAAAGCAUUUAGAAUGGUCAAAAUGAGAAAAAUGGAUCUAAUGAAUCCUAGCAAAAACAUUCUCGAUGGUGAUCUACUGUAUAAAUACGUACAUUUAUCUUUGAAUGAAAAAUUUGAGAUUGCCAAAAAGAUUGGUACCUCUGCUAAACAGAUCAUCGAUGAUUUACAAGAGAUUUAUUCAAUCACAGCGCAUUUUUAAUCAUCAAUCAUCAAUAGAUUAUAAAUCACUAAUGAAAUUCAUUU